AAUAAAGAUUGUUUGAUUUGAUUACACAUGAAAAAAAAGGUAAACCGGGACAAAGAGCAUCAUGGAGGACAACUAAUUUAAUCCAGAAAAUAAAAUUGUUACCCACAGAAAACAACGGAGAACAUUAGCAUAGCUGGGAUUUUCACUGUAUCUCUGUAUACUCUAUCCCUACCCACCCAAAAAGAAGUCAUGAUUUUAAAUAAAAUUCUUACAUAAUAUGAAUUGCCUCUGUUCUACAAAUUCAAAUCAAAACUACAAUACAUGGCUCCCAUUUUUACAGAGCACUUUGCAGGUGAAAUAGCAGCUUCUAGUAACCUGGCACAUAUAUAAUGGGAUUGUUCACACAACAUGUUAAAAUACAUUUUUGCCUUACCAAGAUUUAUUUGCUAUUGAUUAAAUGUAUAUUACACCAUUUUAGCCAGGUGUUCAAGGUAAUCACACUUCAAAAGUCAUCAAGAAGUGCUCUGGACAUCAUAUAAAUAAUUAUCUUCUACUCAAUGAAGCAGUAAUGGUUUUCUGCAGAGUUCUGGAAGAAAAGUGCAGAUGGUUUAAGAGUUGCCUUAAAGACAUAGUGCUGUAUUGACAUGAUUCACUAGAACAGAAGCAUCUUUUAUCAAGCUUGCACAGACAAACAAAAAUCUGUGCUUUAAUGAAUUCCAGAGGAGUGAUGUUUUUACCAGAUACAAAACACUUAAAUAGUUUUAAAGUGUGCAUAAUUCUUGGACACAGUAAUAUUUUAUCCUCUUGAUUUUACUCAUAAUAAUCUUGAGAGGUAGAUAGACUGAAAGACUUUGAUUGGUUCAAAGUUCAUUAUUAAUCUUUUAUUGUUUCAUUAAGGAAGGACUUUGACCUUAUUGUCCUAUAACCACACCUCAAUUAUUAUAUGACACUGGCUUCUCCUAUGUUGAAUAAGGAGCAAUUGGAUAUAUUUCUACAAUAUACUAAACCUUAAACUGUUUUAUUCAAAGGUGGGCAAGGCAUGGUAUUCUAAAAUUAUUUCUUCCAAAAUUUGGAGAAAAAAUGGUAAUAUACAGUCAUGAAAUUUCUUUUUUAUUCUUCCAAAAAUGCAAUCAUUUGGGUAUGAGAAAAGGAGAGUUCUGUUAGGCAAAUGACUCUUAUUUCUACCCUUGGAACAAACCCCUGCUCAGAAGCCUCUCCCGAAUCAUCCCACACCAGCAAAUUUCAACAUCACAAUUUUGGGUCAGUUGGUGAGAUGGAUUAAAGUUCAAAUAGGACCAGUUUUAAAUGCUGUCUCCCAUUUUGUUUUAAUUUGUACAUAAGACAAGACCGUAAAACAAGAGAUAAAUGGUUUUUGUGCAAAGGUAUUUUCCAAUUCACUGGCACAUAAAAUGCUGAUGUUUUGCUUAGUUCUUGACUUAAGUCAAAAUUAUAUGAAGAAAAUAUAUCAAUAAAUUUCUAAUCUUUGCUCCAAAGCAAGUAUGGUAUCACCAUAAGCAAAUGUUAAGUAAGGCCAGGAGUAUCAAGAUAGACUACAGUAUUACUGAGAAAUCAAUUUUUGAUAGAAAAUGCCAUUUCCCUGAAUCCCUGAGCUGUGGUGCAAGAAAGAUGAAACAUUAAAUUAAGUCUUCUGAAAUUGGUGAGUAAGGCAUUAAUUUGCUUAUCUCUAGAUAUACAGUUUUGAUGUAAAUUAAUCAAACAGUCUUGUGGGAUGCCUCUCAAAGAAAAUAAAUCACCAACAUCCACGGUGCUGGGUUAUUUCCCAGUACCAAAUAUGGGGGAGGCAUUCCUACUUUAAAAAAAAUCAUCUUAGUGAUACAACUAUAAUGCGCCAGAGUUGCCUUUUUAUCAGUAUGUCACGCCUGGAUCUUGUAUUUCCUGCAGAAAAGCUGGAAGAGUUUAACUGUGGAGGACAGCUCCAGAUAUACUUUCUGUUUAACCCCGUCCUACUUUUUUUUAAAAAAAAUCUUCGUCAGAUUUUUGCCAGCCUGGAGCAUUUCGGCAACUGCCAUUUUGCACAGCCAGCCCAGCAAAGAAACAGGCAGUAUAACUCUGUCCAAAUCUACUCAAAAACAGCCAUGAGCUCCGAGCCUCGCAACCGCCAGCAGACUCUGGCUUUACGGAAGCAGUUCAUUGGGGCAUCCUGCAAGCUUUUUUUCCCAGAAGACCCAGUGAAGAUCAUCCGGGCAAAGGGCCAAUAUAUGUAUGAUGAAAAUGGAAACCAGUACCUUGACUGUAUCAAUAAUGUUGCUCAUGUGGGGCACUGCCAUCCUGAAGUGGUCAAAGCAGCUCAUCAGCAGAAUCUACUGCUAAAUACAAACUCUCGGUAUCUGCAUGACAAUUUGGUGGAUUAUGCACAGAGACUUUCUAAAACAUUGCCGGAGAAGUUGUGUACCUUCUAUUUUUUGAAUUCGGGAUCAGAAGCUAAUGAUCUUGCUCUGAGACUGGCACAGCAAUAUACAAAGCAUAAAGAUGUUAUUGUUAUUGACCAUGCUUAUCAUGGACAUCUGACAUCUUUGAUUGACAUAAGUCCAUACAAAUUCAGAAAUCUAGAUGGCCAAAAGGAAUGGGUCCAUGUGGCUCCUCUUCCUGAUACAUACAGAGGAUUAUAUAGAGAAAAUCAUAAAGAUCCAGCCACAGCAUAUGCUGAUGAAGUGAAAAAAAUUAUUGACAAAGCACACCAAGAAAGCAGAAAGUUUGCUGCACUUUUUGCAGAAUCCUUGCCAAGCGUUGCUGGACAAAUCAUUCCACCAUCUGGUUAUUUCCAAAAGGUUGCAGAGCAUAUACAUACAGCAGGAGGUGUAUUUAUUGCUGAUGAAAUUCAGGUUGGCUUUGGCAGAGUUGGCAAACAUUUUUGGGCAUUUCAACUUCAGGGAGAGGAUUUUAUUCCUGAUAUUGUUACUAUGGGAAAACCAAUAGGGAAUGGACAUCCUGUGGCUUGUGUAGCAACAACGAAGGAGAUUGCAGAGGCAUUUUCAGCAACAGGAGUAGAAUAUUUCAACACAUUUGGAGGAAAUCCUGUGUCCUGUGCAAUAGGCCUAACAGUCCUGGAUAUUAUUGAGAAAGAGCAGCUUCAAGCCCAUGCUCUUCACGUGGGAAACUUCUUUAUGGAACUACUCAAUCAACAAAAAGCUAAACAUCCUCUAAUUGGAGAUAUCAGAGGUGUUGGAUUAUUUAUUGGUGUAGAUUUAGUACAAGACCAAGAGAAAAGAUCACCUGCGAGCAAAGAAGCAGAAUUCAUCAUAACAAGAUUAAAGGAAGAAUUCAUUAUGCUGAGCACAGAUGGGCCAGGCAGAAAUGUGCUUAAGUUCAAGCCACCACUGUGUUUCAAUACAAAGGAUGCAGAGUUAGUUGUUGAUAAACUUGAUAUGAUAUUAAGAGAACUGGAGAUAAGAAAAACCUAAAGAUGAUUUCCAAGGCUAUAAGAGGAUUCAGGGGUGGUGCAGAAUUCUACCAUUUUUCUACACUUAAAACUACAAUAAUAAAAUUCUGCCUUCUUCAAGCUUUCGUAAUCCAGUCUAUGUAGUUUUAUUAUAUUGCUGACAUUAUUUUUAGCAAUACAGCUUGUGAUUUUUCAGCUCUAUUGCUAUUAUGUCUACUAAUGCAAUUCUUAAUGUAGUAGAGAGGAAAACAUAAUUUAUCCAGAAAAUAUAGCUGGUCAUCCUUGUGCUAUACAGGUUGCAGAUCUAUAUACUUAUUUCUACUUAUAUCACAAUUAGCACAUUUGAUCUAAUAAAUCUGCUUUCUUCACAAUGUUUUAUUAACAAAUUGGUAGGCAUCCAUUAUUUAAUAAAACAUCCAAACAUUAGACUCAUGAGAAUUGUUUUUUGUAAGAUUUUUAGCAUCUCAUAAAAAUGCUUUAUUUAUGAAAUAUUGUCACCAACACUGACAACCUAGUUUUAUUUGGAAAGCAUAGCUCUCCCAUUACAGUAAUUCAGGAAUAAAGGGGAAUGUUUAUUUUAAAAAACUGAUAGAUCAAAAAGUAUUUAUACCAAAAAUGUAACCAAUGAAAAGCAACCCAUUUUCUAAGGACAGUGUCUACCAACUGCUAUCUUCAAACAUGUUACCUGUUUUUCUGUACUAUUGAGAUGGAAUUCCAUCGCUAAAGAUAGUUCUGCUAUGUCUCUGUCAGUCUAACAGUAUCAGAUUGGUACCUCUUAUUUCACCAGUUUCUUUCCUCUCUUAGCUAUAGCUAAUUUUCUAUAUUUCACUAGAAAAUUCACAAUCCUGUUUAUAUUUGCUAUUUCAGGCUCUGAUGUUUCAAUCCCUAAGAUCUAUGACUUAAAGUAAAUAAAAAUGUAUUUUUGAAAAAUUUGGUAAAAUGUACUUUACAGAACUUUAAUAGUCUCUUUUAUGCUACAUAUUAAUAAUAAACAAUUAGGCUUAUCAAAACAUGCAAAAUAUAGUACUAGUAGUAUUCAACUAUCUACACUUGUAGCAGUCAUAAAAUUUCCAUUCUUUGGACAAACAGGAUGAGAACAAUAUUAAAAUACUCAAAAGCAAGUAAGGGUGGAAAGCCCAUUAUCACAUCCAUUACAGAGAA